AGCGCAAGAUGGCGGCGGACAGUGAACCCGAGUCGGAGGUGUUCGAGAUCACGGACUUCACCACCGCCUCCGAGUGGGAGAGAUUUAUUUCAAAAAUAGAAGAAGUGUUGAACGACUGGAAACUUAUUGGGAUUUCUUCAGGCAAACCUCUGGAAAAGGGUGUAUAUACCACUGGAGUGUGGGAGGAGAAAUCAGAUGAAAUUUCGUUUGCAGACUUCAAAUUCUCAGUUACACAUCAUUAUCUUGUACAAGAACCUGGUGACAGAGAUGGGAGAGAAGAAGGUGUAGAAGAUGCCCUUCCUCUGCCUAUGCAGGACUUGCUCUGCAUGAACAAUGACUUUCCUCCUAGAGCUCACUGUCUAGUGAGAUGGUACGGCUUACGUGAGUUUGUGGUUAUUGCUCCAGCUGCAAAUAACGAUGCGGUUCUUAGUGAAUCAAAAUGUAACCUUCUGCUGAGUUCUGUUUCUAUUGCAUUGGGCAACACUGGCUGUCAGGUGCCGUUGUUUGUGCAAAUACAUCAGAAAUGGCGACGUAUGUAUGUUGGAGAGUGUCAAGGUCCAGGAGUUCGAACUGACUUUGAAAUGGUUCAUCUUCGCAAAGUGCCCAGUCAGUAUACUCACUUAUCGGGAUUACUGGAUGUCUUCAAGUCCAAGAUUGGAUGCCCGUUAACACCACUGCCUCCAGUUAGCAUGGCUAUUCGGCUUACGUAUGUGCUUCAAGAUUGGCAACAGUACUUCUGGCCGCAGCAGCCACCAGAUAUAGAUGCUCUAGUUGGAGGAGAAGUCGGAGGCCUUGAAUUUGGGAAGUUACCAUUUGGUGCCUGUGAAGAUCCUAUUAGUGAGCUCCAUCUAGCCACCACAUGGCCUCACCUAACAGAAGGUAUAAUUGUUGACAAUGAUGUCUAUUCUGACCUGGAUCCUAUUCAAGCACCACAGUGGUCUGUGAGAGUCAGAAAAGCAGACAAUCCUCAGUGUCUAUUGGGUGACUUUCUUAAUGAAUUCUUCAAGCUUUGCCGUCGGAAGGAGUCAACUGAUGAAAUACUUGGAAGGUCUGCAUUUGAAGAGGAUGGAAAAGAGGUUGCUGAUAUCACUCAUGCUUUGUCAAAGCUCACUGAGCCAGCACCUGUCCCAAUCCAUAAACUAUCUGUCACAAAUAUGGUUCACAGUGCAAAGAAAAAAAUUCGCAAGCACAGAGGUGUAGAUGAAUCACCUUUGAACAAUGAAGUUUUGAAUACUAUUCUUCUGUUCUUAUUUCCUGAUGCUGCUGACAAACUGGCAGAGGGAUUUGAAAGCCGAGCUAGCACUUCAUCAGGAAGCAAUCCUCCUCCAGAGAAUGAAGAUUACAAUCUCUUCAGUCAGUUUAAAUCUGCUCCUUCUGAUAGUCUGACGUACAAACUAGCUUUGUGUCUUUGUAUGAUAAACUUCUACCAUGGAGGAGUAAAAGGAGUGGCACAUCUUUGGCAAGAGUUUGUGUUAGAAAUGCGCUACAGAUGGGAGAACAACUAUCUUAUUCCAGGAUUAGCUAAUGGCCCUCCAGAUCUGAGAUGCUGUUUACUGCAUCAGAAGCUUCAGAUGUUAAACUGUUGCAUUGAAAGAAAGAAAGCAAGAGAUGAGGGGAAAAAGGGGAACAUGUCAGACCGUUCACCUGGUGGUUCUUCUGGUGAUACUGGAAAAGGAGCAGACCACUCUGGAGAUAACCUGAAGGAGACUGAUAAAGAAGUUGGCAAGUCCUGGGAAUCAUGGAGUGACAGUGAAGAGGAAUUUUUUGAAUGUCUGAGUGACACAGAAGAUCUGAAGGGAAAUGGACAGGAAAAUGGAAAAAAAGGAGGAACAAAAGAAGGCAACAAAGAGCCUGUAAAUCUAAAACCAGAAGGUCGUCUGCAUCCUCAUGGGAAGCUGACACUGCUGCAUCCUGGAGAACCUCUCUACAUUCCCAUAACACAGGAACCAGCACCCAUGACUGAGGAUUUGCUGGAAGAACAGUCCGAGGUUCUGGCAAAACUUGGGACCUCAGCAGAAGGUGCACAUCUUCGAGCACGCAUGCAGAGUGCCUGCUUGCUCUCAGAUAUGGAGUCUUUUAAGGCAGCUAACCCUGGCUGUUGUCUGGAGGAUUUUGUGAGGUGGUACUCUCCUCGGGAUUACAUUGAAGAGGAAGUGGUUGAUGAAAAGGGAAAUGUGGUAAUUAAAGGUGAGCUGAGUGCCCGAAUGAAGAUCCCUAGCAACAUGUGGGUAGAGGCCUGGGAGACGGCAAAACCAGUCCCAGCACGGAGGCAGAAGAGACUCUUUGAUGACACUAGAGAAGCAGAGAAGGUACUUCAUUACCUUGCCGUUCAGAAACCAGCUGACCUUGCACGGCAUCUCUUGCCUUGCAUCAUCCAUGCAGCUGUACUCAAGGUAAAGGAAGAAGAAGUACUAGAAAAUAUAUCUUCAGUUAAGAAGAUUAUUAAGCAGAUAAUAUCCCAUUCCAGUAAAGUUCUACGAUUUCCAAAUCCAGAGGACAAGAAGCUAGAAGAAAUCAUUGCUCAGAUUAUGAGUGUGGAAGCUAUCAUUGCCAGGGCCAGGUCUUUGAAGGCAAAAUUUGGAGUAGAGAAAUGUGAAAAUGAGGAGGAGAAGGAAGAUCUUCAAAGAUUUGUGAACUGUCUCCUGGAGCAGCCAGAAGUGUCUGUUCUUGGUGCAGGAAGAGGACCUGCUGGCAGCGUUAUUCACAAGCUGUUUGUGAAUGCUCAGAGGCUGACUGAAUCUUCUGAUGAGAUUUCUGCAGUGCCUCCACUUGAUGAAGAGCUGAGGAGAUCAGGGCCAUCAGAUGAGCGAAGACUCAACGCAGGCUCCGUGUCAGAUUUCCCACCGCCCACAGGCCGGGAGAUCAUUUUGCGCACAACUGUCCCCCGUCCUGCACCUUAUUCUAAACCACUGCCCCAGCGGAUGUACAGUGUGCUUACAAAAGAAGAUUUUCGACUUGCAGGUGCCUUCUCAGCGGAUACAACUUUCUUCUGAUGUAACUAUAGCUGUGUUACCUUGUGUGUCUUCACAAGUAGAAUGUUAUUCAUUUUCCUUCAGGGAAGUUAACACUUACAGAUCUACCAGCUUGGGGUGAGGAGAAAAUAAGGUUGUCAUUAGUGACAGAGAGUAAUAUUCCCAAGGACAGGCCUCAGCUGGGGUUUGAGAAGAAUGCCUCCAAAAGCUCCAUCUUGGAGGUCUGGAGAGGCUGCAGCAGUAGUUUUACUCAGACCUUUGAGGAAAGAAAGUCUAGGCAUCCCCCGCUGUCCAAAUGGAGCACAUGUUUUUGCAUUAGCUUGUUUAAUUAUGGAUGUUAAUGGGCUAUACGCAAAUACUUAAUGUUCAAAUUUAUGCAGACUGUGCUGCUUUACAGUUCCUUAUCAGACUUGAUAAAGUGAUAUUAGCCUACUUAAAUUGAUGUGCAGACCUUAAUUUGUAUUUAUUGCUAAUCACAAGUAUUAAGCUCACUAUUUUUUCAGUUAAUCUGUAAGUUGCCAAUACUUCUAAAAUACCCUUCAUUUUAUUUAAAGUGUACAGUACAUUCUAGUUCACGCCUACCUCUCCUAGCCUUGCAACAAUCUUUGGGCUAUUAGCUACUAUAAUCCUAUUAGUAUUAAGCCUAACUCAGUUUUAGAUGCUUUAUAUCCUUCCCUGCAUGCAAGGGCCAAAGCUAUAUGUAAAUUACAUGUACAGAGGUGUUUUAAACCAAAGUAGAACUUACAGUAGAGACCAUUUAAAUGCAUACUGUCUUUGAUCUGAUAUGAUAAAACAAUUCUAUUACAUGCUGUAAACUAACUCCGUUGAAUAUCAUGUUAACACUAUGACUUGUAAGUGCCAAUGUUGCUUGACAGUGAUCUUACUGUGUUUUAAUCAGAAGCAGCAGAUCAGAGUUACAUUACAAAAUGAAAUGUAAGAACUACGGCAUUGUUGACGUUACUCAAUAAAUCUAAACCUACUAGUUCUCAGAA